UGCUGAAUGAGAGACGCCGACUUCUCGGGUCGCCGGGCGCUAGCCUAGGCGGUGGUGGCUGGCGGUGGUGGCGGCGGCGACGACGAAGCCUGAAGCCGGCGUCGUCUUCCCAUCCUUCGAGGCGACGGCCGCGGCUGCACAGGCAUAAUAAUGUAUUUGUGGCCUUGGACAUUGAAGCAGUCAGUCUUCUGUUGCUGUUAACAUAGUGUUAAGGACUGAUGUUGUGGGAAGCAUGGACCUGAUGAACGGGCAGGCAAGCAAUGUUAAUAUUGCUGCUAUUGCUUCCGAGAAAAGUAGCAGUUCCGAAUCAUUAAGUGACAAAGGUUCCGAACUGAAGAAAAGCUUUGAUGCUGUGGUAUUUGAUGUUCUUAAGGUUACACCAGAAGAAUAUGCGGGUCAGAUAACACUAAUGGAUGUUCCAGUAUUUAAAGCCAUUCAACCAGAUGAGCUUUCAAGUUGUGGAUGGAAUAAAAAAGAAAAAUACAGUUCUGCACCAAAUGCUGUUGCCUUCACAAGAAGAUUUAAUCAUGUAAGCUUUUGGGUUGUUAGAGAAAUUCUUCAUGCUCAGACGUUAAAAAUUAGAGCAGAAGUUUUGAGCCAUUAUAUUAAAACUGCUAAGAAGCUGUAUGAGCUGAAUAACCUUCAUGCACUUAUGGCGGUGGUUUCUGGCUUACAGAGUGCCCCAAUCUUCAGGUUGACUAAAACAUGGGCGUUACUAAGUCGGAAGGACAAAACUACCUUUGAAAAAUUAGAAUAUGUAAUGAGUAAAGAAGAUAAUUACAAAAGACUAAGAGACUAUAUAAGUAGCUUAAAGAUGACGCCUUGCAUUCCCUAUUUAGGUAUCUAUUUGUCAGAUUUAACAUACAUUGAUUCAGCAUACCCAUCAACCGGAAGCAUUCUAGAAAAUGAGCAAAGAUCAAAUUUGAUGAAUAACAUCCUUCGAAUAAUUUCUGAUUUACAGCAGUCCUGUGAAUAUGAUAUCCCCAUGUUGCCUCAUGUUCAAAAAUACCUGAACUCCGUUCAGUAUAUAGAAGAACUACAGAAGUUUGUGGAAGAUGAUAAUUACAAGCUUUCGUUAAAGAUAGAACCAGGGACAAGCACGCCACGCUCUGCUGCUUCGAGAGAAGAUUUAGUAGGUCCUGAAGUAGGAGCAUCUCCACAGAGUGGAAGAAAAAGCAUGGCAGCUGAAGGAGCCUUGCUUCCACAGACGCCGCCGUCCCCUCGGAACCUGAUUCCACAUGGACACAGGAAGUGCCAUAGCUUGGGCUAUAAUUUCAUUCAUAAAAUGAACACAGCAGAGUUUAAGAGUGCAACGUUCCCAAAUGCAGGGCCAAGACAUCUACUAGAUGACAGUGUCAUGGAACCCCACGCACCAUCUCGUGGCCAAGCAGAAAGCUCUACUCUUUCUAGUGGAAUAUCAAUAGGUAGCAGUGAUGGUUCUGAACUAAGUGAGGAGACCUCAUGGCCUGCUUUUGAAAGGAACAGAUUAUACCAUUCUCUCGGCCCGGUGACACGAGUGGCACGAAAUGGCUAUCGAAGCCACAUGAAGGCCAGCAGUUCUGCAGAAUCAGAGGAUUUGGCAGUGCAUUUAUAUCCAGGAGCUGUUACUAUUCAAGGUGUUCUCAGGAGAAAAACUUUGUUAAAAGAAGGCAAAAAGCCUACGGUGGCAUCGUGGACAAAGUAUUGGGCAGCUUUGUGUGGGACACAACUUUUUUACUAUGCUGCCAAAUCUCUAAAAGCUACAGAAAGAAAGCAUUUCAAAUCAACAUCAAAUAAGAACGUAUCUGUGGUAGGAUGGAUGGUAAUGAUGGCUGAUGACCCAGAACACCCAGAUCUCUUCUUGCUGACUGACUCUGAGAAAGGAAACUCGUACAAGUUUCAAGCCGGCAACAGAAUGAACGCGAUGCUGUGGUUCAAGCAUCUGAGCGCGGCUUGCCAGAGCGACAAGCAGCAGGUUCCUACAAACUUGAUGACUUUUGAGUAAAAGCCUAAGAAAGAAGCGAGGUGAACUAUUGCCCCUAAGUGAGAGCAAGUUGCUGAUGAAAGCGCCAGCUCUAAGCCAGCUCUGCGCCUGGAGGAGCCCAGAGGCUGCGUCUCAGCCUUUGGAGUUCUGAACCAAAAAAGCACUAAUUUCAGGGAAUGAAGUGAGAUAUUCCCAGAGAACAAAUUGGAGUUCUAAAACAAACUGCCAUGGACCACGCUUCUUUUCUCUGAACUGACCUGCGGAAACCACUGCCUUAAAAGAAUGAAAGGAAAACCAACAUGAAACACCAAAUAGUGUGUGUGAAUCUUCUGGCGGUGCUGUGCUUGGAAUAGAUCGUAGCUAAUUUGCAUUUCUUUUAACUUUGUACUAAUUUUGGAGGGGGGAAUCGCCUUUUUUUUAGAUACACUUUAAAAAGGAAAAACAUUUCUUAUCGGUUGUAUGAGGGGCUGGUGUUGAACGGAGGUAUGAAGAUGCUCUGCCUGAGUGGAGUGGGGUGCUCCCAGCCGCCUGACCUGGGAUUGGGGGGCGCUCUCCACUCCCAGUCGUCUGCGGCCUCCCUGGCUCUCCCAUUGGCUAGAGUUUCAGAAUUAGACAUGUUCAUAAUAUGAGUUGUCGGGGUUCGUUUGGGAUUGAGGGCGGGGGUUGUUUGGGAUGAGGGGAGGUUUUGUUUUUUUUUAAACACUAAACUUUGGAAAUUUAGUACUGUAUGGGGAACAUCAUUUCCUACUGGAGGCAUCAAGGCUGAAUGUUCCUAGUCCAGACACUUUUCACGUGGGCUCCAGAAAACAUGGUUGUUUUUAACUGGGUUUAAAAUUUAGCCUUCUGUAUGAAUUCAUUGUUGGACUACAAAUCUGCUUAGGAAAGAACCAUAAUCCCAGUCUAAACUUUCUGGGAUUUUACAGUAAUCACAUUUUUUUCAAGUUAAUUGAAUUAUCCCUUCUACCAGUCACUGGUGAUUUUUGUCGUCAAGACGAUAUACUGAUCUUUCAUCAGGAUAUUUUCUUUUACAGUGUUUAAUGUACACAAUGCCAGUUUUUUUUUUUUUUAUUACUCAUGUUCAUUGUUUUUGUUAAAUAUGAGAUUCAGGAUCACAUUUGUUUAGAAGAGCUUCCACAUAUGUAUUUGUAUAUGUAUUUUAUUAUAAGGCACACAAAAUAAUUUUAAAAGGGAAGAAGGUGAAAGAUUGAGAUUCUGGGAAUCUUAAGUAUCAAAACUUUCCUUCCUAUAUGUAACUUUCCUUUAUUACAAAACCCUUUUCUAAAAACAUACUAUAGGUCCCAGCCAUGAAACCGUAUUUUGUCAGUGGUUGACCAAGCUGUUUUGGGAGAGCUCUUCCAUGCAACAGUGCAUUUAAUUUCCAGAAUAAAUGUUGAAUUGCAGAAAGAAAGAAAAAAGUUUCAAGGUGAACUGCCUUCGAGUUUUAACAAAAAAUGGCAUUUGAAUAAAGGCCACACGUUAGAGGUUAGAAACUCAUGGGACAUCCUGUAGUUUAGCAGUAGCCCAGAAUAAGAAAUGCUUUUUGACUGAUCUCUUCCAAUAAACUGUAAUACUUUGGGCCUCACAUAAAAUUUCUCACAUUUGCAUUCUUAAAGAAUUUCAUACUUUUUU